AUGGUAGUGGUGCUUCUAUAUGUAGAUGACAUAAUCUUGAUGGGCAGUAACUAUGAUGAGGUUAAUCGGAUCAACUACGCAAAGAAGUUGGUAGAUAAAUUUGGUAUGAUAAAUAGAAAAAAGAGUUAUACUCCUCUUAACGUAAAUCCCAAACUCAAUCGAGACGAAGGAACAUGUCUACCAUUUCCUCGUCCGUAUCAUGCUCUUGUGGGAAGUCUCGUUUAUUUGACUUUAACAAGGUCUGACAUUACUUAUGUAGUUGGAGUGGUGAGUCGAUACAUACAGGAGCCAAGUAAACCACACAUCGAGGAAGCAAAUAAAAUUCUAAGGUAUAUUAAUACCUCACCAGAUAAUGGUCUACUCUACGAAAAAGAUGCAAAAUUUGUGUUGCAAGGAUUUGCGGAUGUUGACUUUGCUGAAGAUCGAGACGAUCGAAGUUCCACAUCUGGGUUUGUUUUUCUUUGUGGAAACACUAGCAUAUCUUGGGGUAGCAAGAAACAAUGA